GCCACCGAUCGCUCCGAGGACGAUCGACCGACGAGUCGGCGACGACCACCGUGACUGCAUCUGUUUCUCACUUGCCUCUUCUUGCACUCCUCGUCUUGCUCGGUACAAUAUGUUGACCGCGAACUCAUCGUUGGCCAAAUUAUCCCCGGAAAGGGAUCGGUCACUAUGCGUGUUCUCUGCUGUAACCCUCAGAGGCUCACACCUCCCGGGUCCCAUCACACUUGCCAGACGGGAAUCCUUUCCGGCUCGUCAGUUCGAUAUCAAGAAAGAACAGUUCGUGAACAGACCAGACUGGCUCGCUGCAGAACCACCACAGAACAGUGGCAACCUCUCCCUCGAACUUGGCGAGCGUAUUGGAGGCGGCAGGUCUGCCGUCGUCUAACUUACUCCGUGAAAACUAUCCCCGAUCCAUCUCACACCGACUCGGACGACUCUUAUAACCUGGACCUUUGUAUCAAGGUGGCGCGGCCGAACCGCUGUCGCUCUCUUGCUCGGGAGGCGUGGAUCUACGAACAGCUCUCCGAGGGCGUGAUCCAGGGUGUCGUCACACCCUGCUGCUACGGGUUCUUUGCAGUAGAACUAGCUCCUGAGCAACUGCCCUUUCCGCUUUGGUCUGGCGACGACUACUUUUUAUGGAUGCGUCACCCAAGCAUUGGGAGAGAGACGACUCCACCAAGGAUGACCUUCUAUACGACGACGACCGACCUAACAAAGUGCGAUGCGCAGGCUCUCCUCCUGGUGCUAGAGAGCUUUCCCCGUGGGUCGAUUGGCGUCCUGAUCCUGAAGCACCGCUCCUGUCAGUCCUUGUGAUGGCUCGCGGAGGGCAAACAUUCAGCAUGGCUCAGGACGAUUGGGAUCGGUCAAACCACGAAGACAUCGUAGGCGUCCUCUAUGACUUCUCCGCCACCUACAUGCUCCAUGUUGAUCUUCGCCCGUCCAACGUCAUACGCGCCCCGUCCGAUACGCAAGAGUGCAAAGUGCACAAACGCGUACACAAGUGGAACACUAUCGACUUCGCCUGGUCAACUGUC